AUUGAAAACGGCAGCCUAUUUCAUCUGUCAACACGCAGCUGAUUUGCUUACCUCUGUUUACCUCUGCUCAGUGCCGGUCACUUUUUCAGGUCGUUCUGUUUAUAAUGCGGUAGUGUUUUCUUCACAGAAAAACGUGUUCAUUUCGAAUGAUUGCAGUAUUAGCACAGUUUAAAAAGUAAUUCGUGAAUCCUUAUAUAAUUAUGGCUGGUCGUGGUCGCGGGAAGGCCACCGGUUCGCUCACCCAAGAGCAGCUGCAAUCCAUGGGUGUAACGAGAAAUGAUAUGCAAGCGGUGUCCUCUGCAGCACCACCACCGGCUUACCCACCACUGCUAUCGAAACCUGUUCCACUGGAGAGCAAUCCGGAUCGUGAUUAUAAAAUUCUGUGGAAGGAGGAUUUCAUAUCUCACCUGCGAGAAUCUCCCUACUAUAGCGCUUCGAACAGCUGCCGAGGACCGGUGGAGCGAUAUACCGAUAAAGUCAUUAAAGUAAUCGAGAAUAAUUCUAAGCGAAAGCAGGAAGGAGACUUCCUAUGGAGCAUGAUGCCAGCUGAGUUGCGGCCGUCGUACAAACGGGGGAAAAACGCUGGAACCGCUGCUGGAUCGACAAAUGCCAAACGCGCCAAAGUGGAGGACAUAAAUGCAAAGUUGAGCGCUUUGGAGCAGAAGGAAUCGUCCGGCCGCAACUCGGAAGUUAAGAAGGAGAAGAGUAACGAUUCCGACGAUGAGAAAGAUGACGAUGAGUUGGACGAAGAGGUUGUGGAUGAGGAAAUGGACGAUGAGAACGAUUACGGAAACAAUUACUUCGACAACGGGGAAGCUUACAAUGAAGAGGACGACAAUCUCGACGAUGGGCCUGUUUACUAGAGCAAGCGGAACAGAUUUCUAUUUAUUAGUUUAUAACUUUUAUACAAUGAUUAAAAUGUAGGUAAUAAGCUAAAUAAUUGAUAUAGCUUGCAUUGCUACUGACUCUCUCGGUGGGAGAGCUUUU